UGGUGGGUGUAGUGGUCACGCAUUUCCUUGCAUGGCCUUCAAGGCCGCAAUUAAAGCACUAAGCCUCCUUUAAUGCCUCGUUGGCCCACUCAUGUUUAUGCUCUUUUUAGCCAUAAUGUUUCCCUACAGCUUUCCCUGGCGAGUUGAGCGCCACACGCCGCCGGCCAAAUAUUGCAGGGGCAGUUAAAAAUCUCAUGCAAGAUUCAAUCCCGAUUUUUGUGUGGGUUAUAAACAUGUUAUCGGCAUUUGGCGACAAGAUUGUCUAGAACUAUGGACUCUUUUAUGGCUCAAAGAUUUCCACAUUUUUGACCAAGGUCUGUUAUGCGCAAAUGCUCUUUGCUGCCUGUGUCCGCCAUGGCUGAUUACAUAUGUGUUGCAGAAGCAGAGUAGAUUGUUUGUGUGUAGGACUUGUCAGCUAAAAGACCCAGGUCAAAUUUUCUUCAAUUUAGGUGUGUUCUUGAAUGUUUUCAACAUAGGAUAGUUUGACCUAUGAUUGCUCUUAUUGACCUCCUUUCCGUUAGGAUUUGAGGAACUGUUGAAAUUUCCCUUUCUCUAGUAUUUGGCUUGGAAAGUUUAAUUGGAUGGGUGUGAUUGAGUGAGAGUUAUUGAUUGUUGGUAACUUUUUGUUGGAGAGCUUGUCAUCCAAAAAGAACAACAUUUCUGGCUUGAUAAGGAAGCAAUGGUAUCCUUGUGAAGGGUGGUCUGUGGUGCCAAGAACCCAUCCGUCUAAGAAUUGAACUUUUUGUCCAAAUCAAUAGAAGAGGAAUGAAACAUUCGUAAGGAAGUGUACUUCGAUUCUGUAAAGCUGGAUUCUUCUUGGUGGUGGAGAGGCAUCUAAUAUCUGUGGUGCUUUAGAUUAAUCUAAACCUUGUUUCCUCUUAGCUGGUGAGAUCCCUCUAACAUCUUCUGUGGCUCUGUUGAGGCAUUUCUGAUCUAAAUCAAUGGAAGAAGAAGCCUUGACAAGAAAGAAACUGUCUUAAAGCUCUACUCCUCUUGGUGGUUGCUUGUAACAUCUUUUUUCCCAGAUACUAUUCCAGCUUGUAAUUACAAUCAUUUCUUUUUGUAAGUUGAGAGAAGUAUCAUAGCUCCUUUCUGAAAAAAGAGUGUGAUUUGCAGUGGCAGUGGAGUGUGUAUUGGAGGUCUUCAGGGCCCUGACAAUGGGGUCCUGCCUUUCGACGGAGGGGUCAGGAUGCUGUAAGCCGAGAGGACCGAAGAAGGGAGCUUUUGGACAAGCUUCGGUAACGGAAGCUCGGAUCGAUGAAGAGUUGGGUAAGAUUGCCGGCAGGAUGUGCACGAGUGGUUCCAGCAGUGUGGCCUGUAUGUUUACUCAGCAGGGUAAGAAGGGUCUUAAUCAGGAUUCCAUGAUCGUUUGGGAGGAUUUUGCUUCCAGAAAGGAUACUGUAUUCUGUGGAGUAUUCGAUGGACACGGGCCGUUUGGUCAUCUGGUUGCAAAAAGAGUGAGGGACUCGCUGCCUUCGAAGCUGUGUUCGCAGUGGGAAGCGGCAAAAGCAAGGGCUGAGGAAGCUAAUAGCAUCGAUAUGAAUGGCUCCGUUGGAAGCAUGAAUUCUGAUGAGACUGCCUCAUUAACCAUGGAUGAAGAAUGGAAAGAAAGCGAGGAACUGGAAGGCCUUGAGAAGACCCCGGAAAUGUUUGCUGCCUGGAAAGAAUCAUUCCUCAAGGCUUUCAAGGUUAUGGAUAAGGAGCUCAGGUUACAUCCUACCGUUGAUUGCUUUUGCAGUGGAACCACGGCAGUAACUUUGGUUAAACAGGGCGAGGACCUGGUGAUGGGCAAUGUGGGGGACUCACGGGCUGUCCUCGGUACAAGAGAUGAAAAUGAUACAUUAAUGGCAGUGCAGUUGACUGUGGAUUUGAAGCCCAAUCUUCCAAAGGAGUCAGAGAGAAUUAAGCAAUUCAAAGGACGAGUUUUUGCUCUGCAAGAUGAGCCUGAUGUGCCAAGGGUUUGGCUACCACAUGACGACUCUCCUGGUCUGGCAAUGGCGAGGGCAUUUGGAGAUUUCUGUUUGAAGGAUUUUGGCUUAAUUUCAGUACCUGAAAUCUCAUAUCGUCGCCUUACAGAAAGAGACGAGUUCAUUGUGAUGGCCACUGACGGGAUAUGGGAUGUGCUGUCAAACAAGGAAGUAGUGGAAAUUGUGGCAUCAGCUCCCACACGAACAACAGCAGCCAGAUCUCUGGUAGAGUUUGCUGUUCGAGCAUGGAGAGCGAAAUAUCCGACAUCUAAAACAGAUGACUGUGCAGUAGUGUGCCUUUAUCUUCGUGACUCUCCUAUAGUUCAUGAGGCAAAAGCAAAGAAAGAUACAUUACAGGACUUCACCCCCAUGAAAGAUAACAUUGCAGUGACAGUCACUGUUUCAGAAGAUAAAUGCCCUGAAGAUCAAGAGGCAAGUAGCCCCACACUGGGCCGUCAAAAUACUGUAAGAACUGCUAAUUGUGUGAAAAGCCACCCAGAAAAUGCAGAAAUAGUAGAAUUAUCGACAGAAUUGAAGCAUCCCGAGAGGUCUCAAUCCCGCAGAAGUCUUGCAGAUUGUCUUUCUGUGGCUGAUGAUGAAGAGUGGUCUGCACUUGAAGGUGUCACCAGGGUUAAUUCUCUUUUGACUCUUCCAAGGUUUUUGACAGGAGAUAGGACAGCAGGAGUUUUGAGAAAGCGGCAUUGACUAAUGAAUGUCCUUUGUGCAGUUUCAAGUACUACUAUCUGUUGUGUUUGUCUCAGGUUUUGACCUUCAUUUUUUGGUCUUUUGUAUCAUUAUUUGUUUUUAACAGAACCCUGAAAGGAAUUAUGCAAAUAGUGAAUCUUAGAUUUCUAAA